AUGGAGGGUGGUUGGCUGGAGGCUAAAAGAGGAGACUGGGCGGCAAUCUUGGAUUCCCAGACCCAGACCGGUGCAGCCAAGGGCCCAGGGGAUGACAUCAUCGAUCAGGCCAGGACCAGAGGCGACAUAGUGGAGGUCAGUGGAUGUGAGAGUGUCCUCAACUCAGGGCUGGGGAACAACACUGUUAACCACAACCAGAAACUGACAAUCAAACACAAAACAAACAAACUUAGUCUCCAUGACAACAGACUGGCUGAGACCAGGAAAGCCUUUAGUUUCCCCAAACAGGUGGAGAUUCACCAGAAGAUACACACGUUCGGCUGCCACCUGUGCCGGGCCAGUUUCUCCCGCCCCUUUAACCUGAAGAGGCACCUCAGGAUACACCAGCAGAAAAUGCACACGGCCCAUUCCGCAGUCCAUGAGGACCUGCUGAUAUCCAGUGUUGCUGGCGGGAGAGACUGGACCUCUGAAGCGGCUGGUCACAACACCUGGCCCUGGGUCAGAACCCUGGAUCAGGAGCCAUCACUCUUCCUUCCCGAGUCGGAACCAGGACCGAACCACAAGGGACAAAGACUCCACCAUCACCACACAGAACACAACCAGUGGACAGGUGGACUUAACAACCUCAGUCCUGGUGGUCAUCAGAGAGACAGAGGCUCCAGUCAGGGAUCCAGUCUGCAGUCCAGACCCUUCUCUUCACAGUCUCAGUGCAGGGAUGGAGCAGGGCCUGGGGCUGAUCGAGAUAGACCCUCAUGUUCCUAUGAUACAAACACCACAGUAUCCAUGAUGGACAGAGCAGGUCACCCUGGGCUUCAGCCUUCACAGAGAGUGGUGGGAGACCCCCCUGGUGGGAGUCUAACAGGAAGUCUGUCUUCUCCUUCAGGGCCUCGUCUAAUGCCUGGUGAAUGGGUUCAUAGAAAGCCUGGGUCUAGCCUUCCUCAGCUACCUCAAGGUUACCCCACCAAUACAGACAGGGUCAGGAUGGGCGUUCACCACAAGAAGUACCUAGCCUAUAACACAGAACACAAUCCUAACAACACCCAAACAAUGGCUAGAGGUCAAGGAGGGAGCUCAAAGACUAACCACCUAAGAGUGUUGGCUCCUGCUUCUACCUCCUCUGGUGUCAUUGGGUCACAAUGUGGGAGGCCGAGCGUUAAGACGGACGCAGACAAGCCGUACGCCUGCCCCACGUGUGGGAAGCGCUUCGCUAAGGUGAACUAUGUGAAGCAGCACCAGACCGUUCACACCAAGGAGAAGCCCUUCAAGUGUAAACUAUGUUACAAGAGCUUCUCCUUCCUGAGUAACCUUAUCAGACAUAGGAGUGUCCACAAUGGGGAGAAAUUGUAGCAGUGUGGCUUGAGAUGUAGGCUACAUAGGGGAUAUCUGGGACCAAUUCUUUAGCUGAAAUAUGACAGAAUAACUGAUGAAUUUACGAACACCAGCUGAAUAUGACCGGUUCCAUUAAAUGUUGUCAAAGAAAAGUAAUUAAAUUGUUGCCAGCAGCACAGUUAAAGUCACCAACGCUCUAGAUAACAUGAAAACAGCCUAACCAGC